UGGAGCCAGUACUUUCAAAGGGGAACAAUUGCUUGGAUGCAGCAAAAGCUUGUAACCUAAAUGAUACCUGCAAGAGGUUCAGAUCUGCUUACAUAACCCCCUGCACCAGCAGCACGUCUAAUGAAAUCUGUAACAAGCGGAAGUGUCAUAAGGCCCUCCGGCUAUUUUUUGACAAAGUUCCCCCAAAGCACAGCUACGGGAUGCUCUUCUGCUCCUGUCGAGACGUAGCCUGUACAGAAAGGAGACGGCAGACUAUUGUUCCUGUGUGUUCAUAUGAGGACAGGGAGAAACCAAACUGCCUGAAUUUACAAGAGUCCUGCAAGAAGAAUUACAUCUGCAGAUCUCGCCUUGCAGAUUUCUUCACAAACUGCCAGCCUGAGUCACGGUCUGUUAGUAGCUGUCUGAAGGAGAACUAUGCUGACUGCCUCCUAGCUUACUCGGGGCUUAUUGGCACAGUGAUGACACCGAACUACAUAGACUCAAAUAGUCUCAGCGUUGCCCCGUGGUGUGACUGCAGCAACAGCGGUAAUGACAUAGAUGAAUGCCUGAAAUUUCUCAAUUUCUUCCAGGACAAUACAUGCCUUAAAAAUGCAAUUCAGGCCUUUGGCAACGGUACUGAUGUGAAUGUGUGGCAGCCAAUCUUACCAGUACAGACCACUACAGCCACAACUACAACAGCUUCCAGACCUAAAAACACAGGUUCAGAGACCACCAACAAUGAAAUACCCACCCACAACGAUUCACCAGCAUGUGCAAACCUGCAGGCACAGAAGAAGAGGAAAUCCAAUGAAUCUGUAGAUACAGAGCUCUGUCUUAACGAGAAUGCUAUUGGGAAGGACAACACAGCAGGAGUCUCCACCAGUCACAUAUCUUCAGAGAAUUCGCUCGCUCUUCCUACACGCGUCUAUCUAAGCACACCGCUCACUCUGAUGACACUCGCACUCUCACUCUGUUUGUUCCUAAGCCCAUCAGUCGUCUUGUAGCUGCAUUACAAAAGGACGUGUAAAAAAAAAAAAAAAAAAAAAAAUCUGUUUCCUGUCCUCUGUUGUUUAUCUGGAAUUCCAGGUCUGGGAGCUAAGCUGAGGCACUCCUGCUAGAACAGUUUCAGUCAGCUGGAUUUUUUUUUUUUUUUCCUCUCUAAAAAAGCUUCUUGUGAUAUUUAGAGGCUUUGUGAAAUACUUGGUGCAGUGCUACAUUCCAAACCCAAAAGGCUUUUGGGCAUGCAGUGUUUUAAAGAGACAGAGUGUAAAUUUGCCUGUAAAGCGACCUGGUUGGAUUAUUUUAAUAAUGAUUAUUUUCAUUCUGGCUUUUACCUGAGAAGGAGGAUGGCAGUUUUCUUAAGAUCCUGUUUAUCUCAUUGAAUGGUUUUGGUUUUCAAAUUGAUUGAUUGAACUUCAGACUACCAAGGAUGCCAGGCUUUUGUCUAACAGUGAAUGUUCUCCCAGAGAGUGGACUUUAUGAAACUUCAUUUGACAAAUUGCUACUGAUGUUAAACUCUUUCAGUGUAUUAGCAUUUUCCUCUUUAAAUGUUUAUGUACUGUAAGUGAUUCUGCGUUCCCUGCUGAGAAGCCAUUAAAAUUCGCAUACAGGUGUAAUGUACAUCUUUCAGUUAAAUUCUCAUAAAAACAGUGUGGCAUAGAACUUUCUAACAGUACAUUUAUCUUUCAAUUUUAAUGAUCUAGCCUUAACAAGGGUGAAGAUUCUUUAAAUCAACAAGAAGCAGCCAUUGUGAAAGCUUGAUAAAGGUACCUUUCUUUAAAUUUGAGGAUAAGCA